CAUGCUUUCUUUGGUAACCUUGCAUCCAAGAACCUCAGACCAAUCACAAUGGCGUGCCACGAAACCACGAGAUUGACGUGCGAGAGGCUUUACCCAAGUGCAAAGCUAAGCUCCGAGCGAAUCGUGCCACUGUCAUUAUUGGACGCCACUACCGGGGACUACCUCGCGACUUGCGCGGCCUGGCUCUUCGAACCUCCUGCACGUGAACGCCAAUCCGACCUGGUGGACCACCUUCGUCAGUCCCUUAUCAUCGCCCUGGACGCUUAUCCUCACUGUUGCGGGCAGCUGAAAGCAGUUACCACGGUAAACGCUUGUACAGUACCUCAUACUAAACGAUUUGGUCGCGUGUCUAUACAUUAUGGCACUCCUGAUGACCCAGGCGUCGAAUUCGUCACUGCACAAUCCUCCUUGACUUUGGAUCAACUUCAUCCUGUCUCUCGGACAGCUGCACAACCCUUGUGGGAUUGCAGUGAGACACAUCUGAGCGAACUUGUUCCCUCAACGCAACUCGCUAACCCAAUUCGCAAAUCUGGGGCUCGAGAAGACAGCGCAGCUCCACCCGUGUUGGCCAUUCAGCUUACUCGUCUCAUUUGCGGAGGGUUCGUCCUAGCAGUGAAAUUCGCACAUCCACUCGCGGACGCACAAACUUUGGUACACUUUGUCAAGGACUGGGCAAGCAUUAGCCGGGCGAUACUGCGCAAGAACCCUCUUCCUGUCUUGACCCCAGUCUUCCAACCGGACCAGAUAGAUGCUCUAGCUGCAGGCGACAUUAAUGCAGACACGCAGGAUGAGACAAUCAUCCGGCAGACUGAGGACCUACCAAUUCAUCGCUAUGACUGGUGGAACCCAGAACCUGGAUCUACCCGCCCAUCUGACGUCCCUGAAGCACUUCAGCACGAUGUGAUCGUCCCGGCGGGCAAAUGUAUACCCUGGUCCGAAUGGGACCGUGAAGCUCGCGUAUCCUACUACGUCCUACACCUUACCCGGUCCCAGGUGGACAUCAUCUACGAGCAAGCGGGAGGGGGUACCGAUAGUCGAAUUAGUCGACACGAUGCCGUCUUAGCUCACAUCUGGUCGUGUAUCAACCGCGCGCGGCAGAUGCACGACGACAACGGCCCCGUGUACUGUGAUUUCACCUGUGGAUUACGGCCCGUGUUCCAUCUCAGUGAUGCCUUUUUAGGGUCACCCAUACUGAUGGUGAAUGUGAACAUGACGGGGAAAGAGGUGACCGCAACGAGAUCCACUGCCAGUGGGCGGGAGACCCUCUCCUUACCACACAUCACGCAGCACAUCCGCGAGACCAUCACACGGAUCAACGACCCAGCUAGCCUGGGAGCUUAUUUACACCGGCUAGCGUUUGAGAAGUCCCCGCAGCGCAUCUGGACAGGGUUCCUGGGUCAACGCCAUACGAUGGUGACGACGUGGGCACGUGCCGGUCUGUAUGAGGUGGAUUUCGGGCUGGGAUGCGGCGCAGAGGGCAAGGUUCGCUAUGCCGAAGGUGUUCUCGCAAACCUGGAUGGGCUUGUCUUGAUUAAGGAGGCGCCACCCGCUCGGAUUCCAGAUGUGGAAGAUAUGUCGCCUUCGAAGUGGACAGAGCAUGGUGUGGACAUCUCCGUGCAUCUUCGGACAGAUGACAUGGAGCGAUUGCUUCGAGAUUCAUUACUGUUUCCCACGAUGCGACGGAACGAGUAACUGGAUACUUAAAACAGUGCAAUGCUACUACUCAAUCCUACAUGUCAUUAGACCGGUACUCGAAUACUGUGGCUAAAGAGGCUAAUUGAACCCCAUAGAGUAUCGACUAUGAAUGCUACACAGCAUUGGGACUGAUUGGGACUGGCUAGCCUUGAUAAGUGUAGAAGAUAAGACUUGCCGCCGACAAUUAAC